AUGUCUAGUGCUGAAGUCGCCGAUAAUUCCGUUGACCCCCCGGCGAAAAAGCGGAAGCUAAAUACAGGAGAUACCCGUUGCAAAUCUGCAGCAAUGGCGAACAAUGGAACGCGUGUAGAAGAUGAAAUCGACGAAAGUUUGUACUCUAGGCAACUUUACGUGUUGGGACACGAUGCUAUGCGCAGAAUGGCGAGCUCUGACGUCUUGAUCUCUGGUCUCGGCGGUCUCGGAGUAGAAGUCGCAAAAAACGUGAUUCUUGGAGGUGUCAAGUCCGUCACCCUUCAUGAUGAUCGCGUUUGCACUAUUGCUGAUUUAUCGUCUCAGUUCUACUUGUCUGAGAGUUCCGUUGGCCAGAAUAGAGCUUUGGCCUCAUGCGAACAACUUGCUGAAUUGAAUCAUUACGUUCCAACGACAGCUUAUACUGGUCCUCUCACCGAAGAAUUUUUACAAAAAUUCCGGGUUGUGGUACUUACUGGAGCUUCUCGGGCAGAGCAAGAACGCGUAGCAGCUAUUACUCACGCUAAUAACAUUGCAUUAGUCAUUGCUGACACUAGAGGAUUAUUCUCCCAAGUGUUCUGUGACUUUGGCCCUGAAUUUACUGUAUUAGAUGUGACCGGUGAAAACCCAGUGUCUGCUAUGAUAGCUGACAUUACUCAUGAGUAUGAAGCAGUUGUUACAUGCUUAGAUGACACUCGUCAUGGGCUAGAAGAUGGGGAUUAUGUUACCUUUAGUGAGGUGCAAGGCAUGACAGAGCUGAAUGGCUGUGAACCCCGAAAAAUUAAAGUACUUGGUCCCUACACAUUUAGCAUUGGCGACACUACCAACUUCUCGAAAUAUAUACGUGGUGGUAUUGUCACACAAGUGAAAAUGCCCAAGAAGAUCAGCUUUAAACCUCUGAAGGAGUCAAUUAAAGAACCGGAGUUCUUGAUCGCCGAUUUUGGUAAAUUCGACUACCCGCAGCAGUUGCACGUGGCAUUUGCCGCACUACACAAGUUUAAAGAUACCGAAGGUCGCUUGCCUCAGCCAUGGUGCAUUCCUGAUGCUGGCAAGUUCUUGGACUAUGCAAAGGCCAUAGUGAAAGAUCAAGAAAUUUUCAAGGAAGGAGAGAUUGAAUUAAAUUAUGAACUUUUGGAAACAUUCUGCAAGGUGUCUUCUGGUGACCUGAAUCCUAUGAACGCGGCAAUUGGCGGUGUUGUCGCACAAGAGGUGAUGAAGGCUUGCUCUGGCAAGUUCCAUCCAAUAGUGCAGUGGCUCUACUUAGAUGCUAUUGAGUGUCUACCCAAGGAUCGUUCAGCUCUCACCGAAGAGAGCUGCAAGCCUGUUGGAUCCCGUUACGAUGGUCAAGUGGCUGUGUUUGGUCGUGACUUCCAGAAGAGGCUUGGAAAAUUGAAGUAUUUCAUUGUUGGUGCCGGAGCCAUAGGCUGUGAGCUUCUCAAAAACUUUGCCAUGAUCGGAGUCGGCGCUGAUGGUGGUCGAGUUACUGUUACUGACAUGGAUCUCAUCGAGAAGUCCAACCUCAACCGGCAGUUCCUUUUCCGGCCCCAUGAUGUCCAGAAACCGAAGUCCAGUACAGCUGCUAUGGCGAUUAAAAAAAUGAAUCCAUCAAUGAAUGUGUUGGCUCAAGAGAACCGCGUUUGUCCAGAAACAGAAUGUGUAUAUCACGAUCAAUUCUUUGAAGAAUUGGACGGAGUGGCCAAUGCUUUGGACAACGUAGAUGCUAGGAUCUACAUGGACCGCCGCUGCGUCUACUACAGGAAGCCGUUGCUUGAGAGUGGUACCCUUGGCACUAAAGGCAAUACUCAGGUGGUAGUCCCAUUCCUGACAGAGUCCUACAGUUCCUCUCAAGACCCACCCGAAAAGAGCAUUCCAAUCUGUACCCUUAAGAACUUCCCCAACGCCAUUGAGCACACACUGCAGUGGGCUCGCGAUGAGUUCGAGGGUCUUUUCCGUCAGUCUGCAGAGCACGCAGCCCAGUACCUUCGUGACCCCCACUUCUUAGAGCGCACCGUCAAGUUACCUGGAAGUCAGCCGCUAGAUGUCAUUGAAAGUGUUAGGAAUGCAAUAAACGAACGCCCUCUCAACUUCGAGGACUGCGUGACAUGGGCCCGCCUGCACUGGGAAGCACAGUAUGCCAAUCAAAUCAAGCAGCUUUUGUUCAAUUUCCCUCCAGACCAGCCUACGAUGAGUGGGGCACCAUUCUGGUCGGGACCAAAACGCUGCCCAUCACCCCUUAAAUUCGAUCCUGAAGAUGAACUUCAUUUGGACUACAUAGUAGCAGCUGCAAACCUUCGUGCUCAAGUGUAUGGUUUACCAACUUUCGUGGACAGGGAGGCGAUUGCUCAAAUGGCUGCUAGAGUAGAGGUGCCAGAAUUCAGCCCUAGGCGCGGGGUUAAAAUCGCUGUCACUGACGCACAGCUCAUGUCACAGAACAACGAUCAAAUGGACCAAGAUAAAGUUGAGAACAUAGUUGCCGAGAUCCCCCACCCUAGCAAACUUGGGAACCUUAAGAUCACACCACUUGAAUUCGAAAAAGACGACGACACCAACUUCCACAUGGAUUUCAUUGUAGCUGCUUCCAAUCUUCGCGCCGCCAACUACAAGAUUCCUCCAGCCGACAGGCAUCGUUCCAAACUCAUCGCGGGAAAAAUCAUCCCAGCGAUUGCUACUACAACUUCCGUUGUGGCUGGUCUUGUAUGCCUCGAACUGUACAAACUAGCUCAGGGCUUCAACACACUCGAUGUAUUCAAGAAUGGCUUUGUCAAUUUGGCAUUACCUUUCUUUGGUUUCUCUGAACCGAUAGCUGCUCCAGUUAAUGCAUACCAUGACAAGAAAUGGACUCUGUGGGACAGAUUUGAGAUCAAGGGAGAAAUCACAUUGAAGCAGUUCUUAGAUUACUUCAAGAACGAGCACAAACUCGAGAUCACGAUGUUGUCUCAAGGUGUUUGCAUGCUUUAUUCCUUCUUCAUGCCCAAAGCGAAGAAGCAGGAGCGGUUGAAUCUACCCAUGUCGGAAGUGGUCACUGCGGUUUCCAAGAAGAAACUGGAGCCGCAUGUGAAAGCGUUAGUAUUCGAGCUGUGUUGUAACGAUGAGGACGACAACGAUGUCGAAGUGCCGUACGUAAAGUACACUUUGCCUUAA